AGGAAGGGAGGGGCCGGCGGCGGGUGGCAGGCAGGCGUGUCAUCGCGUUACACUGCGGAGCAUGGGAGCCGUGUAGGGAGCCCCCACCCCUCCCCCUUACAAUAACAAAUCACACCGGCCCAUCGACAUUUUUGCUGGGUCGCGAUACCCCUGAUCCUCUCCGCUCUCCCCGUGAGGCCCGCCCGGCGGCGGAUCCUAGCAGCCAAGGCGGUGGUUGUCGGAGCAGAGAGGAGGCAUGUCGCGUUCCGUGCUGCAGCCCAGCCAGCAGAAGCUGGCCGAGAAACUCACCAUCCUCAAUGAUAGGGGGAUCGGGAUGCUCACCCGCCUCUACAACAUCAAAAAGCAAGGACAAGUUUGGAAGGCAUGUGGGGAUCCCAAAGCAAAACCAUCUUACCUGAUUGACAAAAACCUUGAGUCUGCUGUUAAAUUUAUUGUCCGAAAGUUUCCAGCAGUUGAGACCAGAAACAACAAUCAACAGCUCGCACAACUCCAAAAAGAGAAAUCCGAGAUUCUGAAAAACUUGGCUUUGUAUUACUUCACGUUUGUGGAUGUUAUGGAAUUUAAGGAUCAUGUUUGUGAACUGCUUAACACCAUUGAUGUUUGCCAAGUGUUCUUUGAUAUUACUGUUAACUUUGAUUUAACAAAGAACUAUCUAGACCUGAUUGUAACCUAUACAACACUAAUGAUAAUGCUAUCACGGAUUGAGGAGAGAAAAGCAAUUAUAGGUCUCUACAAUUACUCUCAUGAAAUGACCCAUGGAGCAAGUGACAGAGAGUAUCCUCGUCUCGGACAGAUGAUAGUGGACUAUGAAAACCCUUUAAAGAAGAUGAUGGAGGAAUUUGUUCCUCACAGUAAGUCUUUGUCAGAUGCGCUCAUUUCACUCCAGAUGGUCUAUCCCAGAAGAAACCUUUCAGCCGACCAGUGGAGAAAUGCCCAGCUCCUGAGUCUCAUCAGUGCACCAAGUACAAUGCUGAACCCGGCGCAGUCCGACACGAUGCCGUGUGAAUACCUCUCACUGGACAUAAUGGAAAAAUGGAUCAUAUUUGGAUUUAUUUUGUGCCAUGGAAUACUAAACACCGAUGCCACAUCUUUGAAUCUCUGGAAGCUUGCCCUACAGAGCAGUUCCUGUCUCUCGCUUUACAGAGAUGAAGUUUUCCAUAUCCACAAAGCUGCGGAGGACCUGUUUGUAAACAUAAGAGGGUACAACAAGCGUAUUAAUGACAUCAGAGAAUGCAAAGAGGCUGCGGUUUCACACGCCGGUGCAACCCACAGAGAGAGGCGCAAGUUCUUACGCUCCGCUUUGAAGGAAUUGGCAACUGUGCUUGCGGAUCAGCCCGGAUUACUGGGACCAAAAGCACUUUUUGUUUUCAUGGCAUUGUCGUUUGCCCGCGAUGAAAUAAUCUGGCUCCUUCGCCAUGCAGAUAACAUCCCAAAGAAGGUUGCAGAUGACUUCAUGGAUAAGCACAUCGCUGAACUUAUAUUUUACAUGGAAGAGCUGAGAGCACAUGUGAGAAAAUACGGACCUGUGAUGCAGAGAUACUAUGUGCAGUAUUUGUCUGGCUUUGAUGCCGUAGUCUUGAAUGAACUUGUUCAGAAUCUCUCUGUUUGCCCAGAGGACGAAUCGAUCAUCAUGUCAUCUUUUGUGAACACUAUGACGUCUCUGAGCGUUAAGCAGGUUGAAGACGGAGAAGUUUUUGACUUCAGAGGCAUGAGGUUGGAUUGGUUCCGGUUACAGGCUUAUACCAGUGUUUCCAAAGCUUCAUUGAGUCUUGCUGACCACAGGGAGCUUGGGAAGAUGAUGAACACUAUAAUAUUCCAUACAAAAAUGGUAGAUUCCUUAGUGGAAAUGUUGGUGGAAACAUCGGACCUCUCCAUUUUCUGCUUUUAUAGUCGAGCAUUUGAGAAGAUGUUUCAACAGUGUUUGGAGCUGCCUUCCCAGUCAAGAUAUUCAAUCUCGUUCCCCCUCAUCUGCACUCAUUUUAUGAGCUGCACCCAUGAGCUUUGUCCUGAAGAGCGCCAUCACAUUGGGGAUCGAAGCCUCUCGUUAUGUAACAUGUUCUUGGACGAAAUGGCAAAACAAGCUCGAAAUCUCAUCACAGAUAUUUGCACAGAGCAGUGUACACUUAGCGAUCAAUUAUUGCCAAAGCACUGUGCCAAAACAAUCAGUCAAGCAGUGAACAAAAAGUCCAAAAAACAGACCGGGAAGAAAGGAGAACCUGAGAGGGAAAAGCCUGGCGUUGAAAGCAUGAGAAAGAAUAGGCUUGUGGUAACAAACUUGGAUAAACUACACACGGCACUUUCAGAGCUCUGCUUCUCCAUCAACUACGCACCGAAUAUGGUGGUUUGGGAGCACACGUUUACCCCACGGGAGUAUUUGACCUCACACCUGGAAAUCCGCUUUACCAAGUCAAUUGUUGGCAUGACCAUGUACAAUCAAGCCACACAAGAGAUUGCAAAACCAUCCGAGUUAUUAACGAGUGUAAGAGCCUACAUGACCGUGCUCCAGUCAAUAGAGAAUUACGUGCAGAUUGACAUCACGAGGGUUUUCAACAAUGUUCUUCUCCAACAAACUCAACAUCUAGACAGCCACGGAGAGCCAACAAUCACCAGUUUAUACACUAAUUGGUACUUGGAAACACUACUGAGGCAAGUUAGCAAUGGCCAUAUAGCAUAUUUCCCUGCGAUGAAAGCCUUCGUAAACCUUCCCACAGAGAAUGAAUUGACCUUUAAUGCCGAGGAAUAUUCCGACAUAUCUGAAAUGAGAGCACUGUCAGAACUAUUGGGACCAUACGGCAUGAAGUUUCUAAGUGAAAGUCUCAUGUGGCAUAUUUCCUCCCAAGUGGCUGAACUUAAGAAACUGGUGGUGGAGAAUGUUGAGGUUUUAACACAAAUGAGGACAAGCUUUGAUAAGCCAGAGCAGAUGGCGGCACUUUUCAAACGAUUGUCAUCAGUUGACAGUGUCUUAAAGAGGAUGACCAUAAUCGGGGUUAUUUUGUCCUUCCGUUCUCUUGCACAGGAGUCCCUAAGAGAUGUUUUAUCUUACCACAUUCCUUUCCUUGUGAGCUCGGUUGAGGACUUCAAGGAUCACAUUCCAAGGGAGACUGACAUGAAGGUUGCGAUGAAUGUAUACGAGUUGUCGUCAGCUGCUGGGUUACCAUGUGAAAUAGAUCCGGCUCUGGUUGUUGCAUUGUCGUCUCAAAAAUCCGAAACAAUUAGUCCAGAGGAGGAAUACAAAAUUGCCUGUCUCCUUAUGGUGUUUGUUGCGGUUUCUUUGCCGACUCUGGCCAGUAACGUGAUGUCACAAUAUAGUCCUGCGAUUGAAGGGCAUUGCAACAACAUACAUUGUCUGGCAAAAGCAAUUAACCAGAUUGCAGCUGCUUUGUUCACUAUUCACAAAGGGAGCAUUGAAGAUCGUCUUAAAGAAUUCUUAGCUCUGGCAUCAUCCAGUUUACUGAAAAUCGGUCAAGAGACUGACAAGACUACUACACGGAACAGGGAAUCUGUUUACCUGCUGCUAGACAUGAUUGUACAAGAAUCGCCAUUCCUGACCAUGGAUCUCCUGGAGUCCUGCUUCCCGUACGUCUUACUGAGAAAUGCGUACCAUGCUGUUUACAAGCAAAGUGUUACAUCAUCUGCAUAAAUAUUUGUUUGUUAUUCCCGGGCACGCUUUAUGUUGCCUCAGUCUUACCUGGAAACUGUGGAGUACUUCUUCUUUUGGUUUGGAAAACACAACGGUUUUGUGACUUAAACCCUUUCCCUGUUCCAUUGUUCUUAUUUUGACCAGUGGUUUCUUUAUGCAGUUGUACUACCAGAUAAGCUUGGUUGAUUGCACUUCCUAAACAAGGUUUAGCUUCUGAACAGUUAUAUUGAAAAAAAAUCAUAAAAAAAUGCAAAGAAAAAAAAACACACUACUUUGACUCUGUUUUUGAUAUUUGAUCAUGCAAAUUAUUGCUUGUUUAUUUCAAAAAAAUGUAUUUAGUGAUUAUUUUAGAUGGUGGUAUAGGUGGCAUCUGUGUGUAAAUUAUUUCAUAUAGGGAGAGUUAUGAUCUGUACCUUUUAUGUUCUUAUUGAUAACAAUUUGAAUAGGUGAUUCUGUGAUUUCUGUGGAGUACUUGCACCAUUUCCUAUAUUUUCUUCUUUUGAAAACAUCCUGCAAAUUUAGUUCUGAAAAAAAAAAUCCACGCAAUUAAUAUUUCACAACAUUAUUGUACUUUUCUGCAUUUACAAUACAGAACUCUUCCCAAUAUUUUUAAGCAGCAGCAAAUGUUGUUUGUAAAAAGCAUAGUAUAAUUUUUUUUAGACUAAAUUUCAUGAUGCUGUCUUGGCAUUAACACUACCGUUGUACCCUAAUAUAUAUGGUAUGGAAAAGAAACAUUCUUAUGCAUUUAUCAAAUGUUGAUACAUUGUUUUCCCUUAACCACUUUUAUAUGUUUUAACUUUUUGAAAUUCAAGUGUAACUUCCAUAACAUACAACAAUAAACACUAGACUGUAUCAAA